AAUAGAGUGAUAAUAAUAAUAUUAAUAGUAAUUAGUGCAAUGAUGGCAAAAGCUCAGUGUAUUGGUCAAAUUUUAUCUAUUGUUUUAUUUGUUUACGUUUGUGGAGAGUCCGAAAAAGGAAAUAAUUAUGAUGCAAAUAAUGCUUUUAAGGCUCAAAAUUACGAUGAAAUAGAUCCAGUCAUAGAUAUGUUGCUGAAUGGUGAAUAUGAUGCGAAUAAUAACUUGGAGAAUAAAACAUUUCAAGAUGUUGUAGAGGACGAACCAGUGUUGCUAUACCCCGACGGUGUGUGGAAGUGUGGCAACUGCACGGACUCGGACAAAAUGGAUCUAUUGUACUCCGAAGUUUACGAACGCGAUGUUAAUUACGAUGAAUAUGCAGAGGAACUAAAUAUGGAAAUACAGAUUGGGUUAUCUUUGAAUAACAUGAAAUGCAUCACGGUAAAAGCGGAAGAAGAUACAGACGUGAGGAUAGUUAGUGGCGCUUGCUCGGGAGAGCAAGCGACCUUAGGUCUGCUUAGAGCCAUCCAUUGUGUUAUAUCCGUUUAUGGAUACGAGCAACAUGGCUGAAAGAUAAAAAAAUUUGGAAAACCCUAGAAUAACAAUUAUUUUUUUAUUGUUUAUCUACUGACUCACUUUAAGUAGGUUUUUAUAAUUUAAGAUCUGUAAAGUUAUAGAUUAUGUGUAUGUCUUCAAUAAUUAUUUUUUAAUAAAUUGAUAGAUUUAAAUAAUUGAAGGAAAAGGUAAGUAUGGAAACCCCUACUGAUGAUAAUGAUUUAUUUACUACUAGCAUACUCCCGCGAACUUUCAAACUCUAUUUCACUCCAUUCUAUUUAUAUUUUCGCAUUUAGUAAAUAGUCCACUAAUUCUCUCCAACAAAAAAAUUACAAUAUAUCUUCAAUGUACUAAAUCGGACCUCUUACAGUUUUAUUAUAAGUGAUAUAUUUUUCACAUACUUUUAGGUUUUUCCUUUAGUUAUCCUUUUGUCUCUGUAACUAAUUUAUAUUAAUAU